UGUUACGAGGUCGUUUGACGUUUCUGGUAGGGUGGAAAAGUGGGGCGUUACCAUAUCCAGGAAAUUAUUAUUCUACCGAUUAUUUUUGACAUUAUCCGUGUCAUCUGAGAUGAACCCUGCCUUUUAAACGCUGGCCGUUUACCUACGGACUGAUUUAUAGUUCUCUUACAUAGCAAUGAAGAAAAAAGCCACUACUCCUUUGCGUCCCACACGCGGCAGGCUGGUCAGUGCCAGCAAUAGAAGCCCUGAGCCAGAGGCAGUAAGUCUGAGUCCGGGGGUUCCACUAAACUCUCAGACUGCCCCAGAACCGGGCUCACAGAUCAGACACCUGACUAUGUCACAGCAUAGUCAUAAUCUCCUCUGGUUCCUGAAGGAGGACCGGGCCCGGAGGAAGUUCUGCGACGUGUCUGUGUCUGUGGGUGGAAAGCUCUACAGUGCCCACAAGGUGGUGUUGGCCCAUGGGAGCAGCUAUUUCCAUGCUGAGUUGUCCAAAAAUCCUGCUACGAACCAUGUGAUUCUGGAUCAUGUGGAGGACUCUGUUUUCCAGCACCUGCUUGGCUUUUUGUACACUUCAGAGUGUGCAGUUGCUGAGAGAGACCUACCAGCUGUUACUGAAGCAGCCCGAUUUCUGGACAUGAUGGAUAUACUAAAGUUGUUGUGUGAAAAAGGGGACACCCAAACAGUACGGGUGAUGCCGUACGAUGUAGGAGGUUCUCCCGAGGAGAAUAUGACCGCCAGUGACUUGGCAGCUGGUGAAACAGACACCCAGGGCCCAUGGGAUGUUAAAAGCACUGGGUACAGUCAGCAGAUUAGAACUGAGGACCCCCUGUGUCACACUGAGGUACAGCAAGAAGUCUCAACUGAGAAUGAGAAAGUGGAAGAUCAGAAGAGUAUCACCACACGGAGAUCAGCACGCAGGAGGAAGAAACCCACAAAGUAUCAGAGAGAAAACAUUGAAUACGCCAUCAAUAGUACUGAGGAACAAAAUAUGAAUUUGUCAGAAAGAGAGCAGGAUGAUGACAAGUCAGAAGAAGCAGGAGUGGAUGUGGAAAUACACCUGACCAAACUGGUGAUUGAUGAACAACCGGAACCAGCUCAGAGAGAUGCAGAUGAUGAAGAGGAGGAGGUAGAGAGUGGCGACAUAAAUGAAGAAGUAGCUACACAAAAGAAAGAGGACUGUGUCGCUGAGAAGAGUGUGGAUCAACAGUGUUCAGAUGCUAAAAGGACAGAAGGGACAGAGGACCAGACAGUUGAGGAGGUGGGAGUGCACACAGCAUCAGGAAGCUCCAGCCAACGUCCAGCUUAUCCUGCUGAUCUGGCUCCUGUCAUCAUCCAGACCUCCAACAAGAAGGUGCUCAAAUGCCCCAAAUGUGAUAAAGUGUUUGACCGUGCAGGGAAGUAUGAGAGUCACACCAGAGUUCACACAGGAGAGAAACCCUUCCAGUGUGACAUCUGUCUCCAGUGCUACUCCACCAAGUCUAACCUGACGGUCCACAAGAAGAAACACGCCAACGAUGCUCCUUUCCAGAAGAAGGAGCACAAAUGUCCCUGUUGCAACAAACUCCACGCCAGCAAGAAAACCUUGGCAAAGCAUGUCAGGAGAUUUCACCCAGACCACACCCAAGAGUUUUUUACCAAGAAGAAGAGGAAAAGCGAAGGCUGGAAAUGUGCUAUCUGUCUGAAGACCUUCACACGCAGACCUCAUCUGCAGGAGCACAUGAUCCUGCACACCCAAGACCAGCCUUUUAAAUGCUUGUACUGCGACGAAUACUUCAAGUCACGGUUUGCCAGGCUGAAGCACCAAGAAAAGUACCACUUGGGUCCGUUUCCCUGUGAGAUCUGUGGCCGUAAGUUCAAUGACACGGGGAACAGAAAGAGGCACAUUGAGUGUACCCACGGAGGGAAGAAGAAGUGGACAUGCUAUGUCUGUGGCAAAUCAGUAAGAGAAAGGACUACGUUGAGUGAGCACCUGAGGAUCCACAGUGGAGAGAAGCCUCACCUUUGUAGUAUCUGUGGCCAAAGGUUCCGUCAUGGCAGCUCCUACAGACUGCACCUCAGAGUCCACCACGAUGACAAGCGCUACGAGUGUGAUAAAUGCGGAAAGACGUUCAUACGGCACGAUCACCUCACCAAACAUCAGAAAAUACACUCUGGUGAGAAAGCACAUCAGUGUGAGGAAUGUGGGAAGUGCUUCAGACGCCAUGAUCAUCUGACGGUCCACUACAAAAGCGUCCAUUUGGGAGAGAAAGUCUGGCAAAAGUAUAAAACAGCCGUGCAUCAGUGCGAAGUUUGCAAGAAAGAAUUUAAAGGGAAGUCGAGCCUAGAAAUGCACUUCAGGACUCACUCAGGUGAGAAGCCCCACAGAUGCCCCGAGUGCCAUCAGACGUUUCGAAUCAAGAAGACCUUGACAAAGCACAUGGUGAUCCACUCCGACGCUCGGCCUUUCAACUGUCCCCACUGUAGCGCCACGUUCAAAAGGAAAGACAAGCUCAAGUACCACGUCGAUCACGUUCACAGCGCUCGGUUUGCCGAGCGGCACCUCGGCGACGACAAACUAGCAACCCAACAGGAGUUUCACAGCGAGCAGAAGUCGGCUCUGCAGAGCGGCGCCGCCGCUCCGAGCGUCUGCGUGCCCGUCACCAUUAUUCCUGUCCAGAUCGGGGAGCCGCUGGACGACUUGGGCCACGGUGUCGUAGGCAUGCAGGCCCAAGGGCAGCAGCAGCAGCAGCAGAACUCGAGCUACCAGCCGGCGUCAGAGCUGGCGUUUCUAGAGAAGUACACCCUCACCCCCCAGCCCACCAACAUCGCACACCCUGUCAGGCCCGACCAGAUGCUGGACCCUCGAGAACAGUCUUACUUGGGCACGCUGCUGGGACUGGACUCCAACUCUUCUGUGCAGAACAUGUCCAACUCACACUGACAAACAGUGUGUGCAAUGAAAACAGUUCUUCGUUUAGCGAAAAAUGUAUCGGUGGGUCAAUGAAGAAUGUAGUGGCAAAUUUAACGAACUGACUCAAUAAUGAGAAGAUGUAUAUGUGGCCUUAAUAUAUACUGUAGUAAUUUAUGUUUGUGUUUUUAACUGUGAUGCCUUUACUUAGUGAAUUAUUGUAAAUUUAUUAGCAGACUGGUUAAGUGUUAGUAGUCAAUGUUCCUAUUUAUAUGUGAACUCAUAAAUAGAUAGUGAUGAAUACAGACAUGAAAUUAGAAAUGUUAUGUUUUUAGUACAGAAAGACCAGAAAUAAUGGAGAGAUCAGAAAUUGAAAAGAUGUAGUUUAUCUCAGAAGAAUCCUAAACAUCAAACACUGUGUGAGUUCAUACAGUAGCCUGGAAAACCAACUGGCAUUUGAUGGCUGUGCUUUGUGACUGACUUGAUCCAGACAACAACUAA